UCGCUCUCUCCCCUCCCCAGCACUGCAGCAUUCGCCGACCGCAGCUCCAGCCGCGCCCGCGCCUCCUCGGCCUCCGCAGCCUCCGCCGCCGCCAGCACCAUGGCCAGCACCAUGUCCGCCUACAAGGAGAAGAUGAAGGAGCUGUCAGUGCUGUCGCUCAUCUGCUCCUGUUUCUACUCACAGCCACACCCCAACACCAUCUACCAGUACGGGGACAUGGAGGUGAAGCAGCUGGACAAGAGGGCCUCUGGCCAGAGCUUCGAGGUCAUCCUCAAAUCCCCUUCUGACCUGUCCCCUGAGAGCCCAGUGCUCUCUUCUCCCCCCAAGAGGAAGGACACCUCCCUGGAGGGGCUGCAGAAGCGGCUGGAGGCAGCUGAGGAGCGGAGGAAGACGCAGGAGGCGCAGGUGCUAAAGCAGCUGGCCGAGCGGCGCGAGCACGAGCGCGAGGUGCUGCACAAGGCGCUGGAGGAGAACAACAACUUCAGCCGCCUGGCGGAGGAGAAGCUCAACUACAAGAUGGAGCUCAGCAAGGAGAUCCGCGAGGCGCACCUGGCGGCGCUGCGCGAGCGGCUGCGCGAGAAGGAGCUGCACGCGGCCGAAGUGCGCAGGAACAAGGAGCAGCGAGAGGAGAUGUCCGGCUGAGGGGCUGCGGGUCAGAGGCGCCUGGACCCUGAGAGGAGGCGUCAGCACAUGCGGGUUCUGGUUUCGUCUUGUUCCACUUUGUCUAGAUGCAACUUUGGUUCCUGCCCCUCCCGACCCUGCACUCCUCGCUCAUGCUUCUCCUUCUGCUCUGAGCUGUCCAGUCCUUGCGGCCUGUCGCUCUCCACAGGUGCUCCCUCAAGGAGUCACCAGGAGGUGGCACACAGUCCCUCAGUUCAGACACCAGGCCAGGCAGUGGCUGGGUCCCCUCUUGGUGGCCCUCUCAGCAAAUGUGGUGGCAGCCUCAAUAAAUCCAGUGGUGGUAGCA